AUGGCGGCCGCGGUCGCCGAUCCCAGCAGCGGCCGCUACCAGCAGUUGCAGAAUGAAGAGGAGCCGGGUGAGACCGUGCCAGUGGUGAACGAUGCCCCUCCACCUUACAGCAGCAUCUCUGCAGACAGCACAGCUUAUUUUGACUACAAGGAUGAGUCAGCAUUUCCUAAGCCUCCAUCUUACAACGUGGCCACAACACUGCCGAGUUAUGAUGAGGCAGAGAGAACCAAGGCUGAGGCCACAAUUCCCUUGGUUCCUGGAAGGGACGAUGACUUUGUGACCCGGGAUGACUUUGAUGACACCGACCAGCUGAGGAUAGGAAACGAUGGCAUCUUCAUGCUGACUUUCUUCAUGGCAUUCCUCUUCAACUGGAUUGGAUUUUUCCUGUCUUUCUGUCUGACUACUUCAGCUGCAGGACGAUAUGGGGCCAUUUCUGGCUUUGGUCUGUCUCUUAUUAAGUGGAUCCUUAUUGUCAGGUUCUCUACCUAUUUUCCUGGUUACUUUGAUGGCCAGUAUUGGCUUUGGUGGGUCUUCCUUGUACUAGGUUUCCUGCUGUUUCUCAGAGGAUUUAUUAAUUAUGCAAAGGUUAGGAAGAUGCCAGAUACUUUCUCCACUCUCCCCAGAACCAGAGUUCUCUUUAUUUACUAAAGCUGUUUUCUGGCAAACGUCUUCCUGCCUUAGCAAAUUCUCCCUCAAGAAGCAAGAGGACACCUGCAGGAAGUGAAUCAAGCCUCUGGAGCAGAAGUAAAAAUAAUCAACCUGCUUUAAAAUGAAUAAAGAAAUAAAAGUACUGUUAAAAAGAAAACAAAACCAAAACCAAGCCAGGGGAAGCAUUUCUUUCUAUUGGUUUCUAGGUGUAAAAUUUUACUAAUGACUGCAGACCUCUGUAAUCAUUGAAUCAUUUAGUGGCUGAUGUGUGACAGCGCUGUUGCCGUGUGUCGAUAGUUUCUGUAGUGGUUUGGUAGCCUGAGCCCUGUCCCUGGAGCCAGCAGGGGCCAGGCUUUGCUUUUAUUUCCUCACCAGGGCCUCUGUGCAGUGUUGAGGGCCCAGGGGAUGACCUCAGAAGCUGAAGUGAUGCCAUUGUUGUGCUCACAUCUUUCCAGUCCUUCAGUCCAGCAGCACCUCUGCUGGCUGUGGCCGAGAGGAGAGGGUGGCUCUGUGCAGAAUCCUGAGGUGGCAUUUGAGAGAGGAUUCUUCUGACGGUGGCACAAAGUAUUCGGUUUUUAAUAGUUAUCUUCUCAGUGUUGUAGGAUCCUUUCGUACUACCUACUUUUUUGGACUCUCUUGGGCUCUUCACAGCACACAUUGGGCAUGUAAAAACAAAAGAUUCAUAAAAUGGGUUAGGUUGGAAGGGACCUUAAAGAUACCCAGUUCCAACCCCACUGCCAUGGGCAGGGACACCUUCCACUAGCCCAGGUUGCUCAAGGCCUCAUCCAACCUGGCCUUGGACACCUCCAGGGAGGGGACAUCCACAGUCUUCUAGGGCAACCUGUUCCAGUGUCUCACCACCCUCACUGUAAAGAAUUUCUUUCCAUCACCUUACAACUUUGUAUAAAGAAUUCCCUUGCAGGAAAAGGCCUUUUCUUUUCUGGUUUUCUUUUCUCUCUUUUUUU